AACGCGGCACAGCACAACCGCUGCAAGCUCGCUACGGCCGCAUUGGGCGCGGCGCUAAAACUUGCAUACAAUAUACGUCAUGGAGCUGAAGGGGAAGGUCGCUUUGGUCACGGGAGCAGCAGCCGGCAUCGGCCUCGCCUAUUGCGAGGAACUUCUCAAGCAAGGCGCAAAGGUUUCCUUGUGCGAUAUCGAUUCUGAAAUUGGAGAACAUGUAUCGGAUGAGCUCGGAGUCAAGUAUGGACGAAAGAACGUGCUCUUCUGCCAGUGUGACGUCACAGAUUAUCCACAAUAUGAGGAGGCGUUUGAGAUGACAAUAAAAGUGUUCAAUAGACUGGAUAUAGUUAUAAACAAUGCAGGGGUUAUGAACGAUCGAUUUUGGGAAUUAGAAGUCGACGUGAAUUUGAACGGAGUUAUCCGUGGCACUCUUUUGGCGUACCGCUUCAUGGGCAAAGACCGCGGUGGUCAAGGCGGGACUAUCGUCAACACGGCGUCAACUGCGUUCGCCAGACCACAGGUCUCUACGCCCAUCUACACGGCGACUAACUACGCUGUGGUUGGUCUCACACGUGCAUAUGGGGAUCAGUACCACGUGGGGUUGACAGGCGUUCGAAGCAUGGCGCUGUGCCCCGGCCUCACUGACACUGGUCUCGUCAAGGAAAUCCGCAAGCAGCUCAUGUCUUCCGAGUACGAGGCCGCUUGGCAACGAGAUCAUGUCAACUGCAAGACUCAGAGCCCAGAACAUGUUGGCAGAGCUCUGAUAGAAUUAUUAUUGAAGGGACAGAGUGGAUCUGUAUGGGUGGUCGAAAAUGGUCAACCGCCGCGAGAAUGGCGCGGCUAACUCAAACGAACCUGGCAACAUAUCACAAAACAUGUUCCAAUUUCAACGCAGAAAUCAUUGGGAAAUUGAAUCAUACGCUUAUAGGAAUAAAGCUAAGCAAUCUGUUUCUCAUUUAACGCUUUUUUAUUUAUAUAAAUCUACAUAGUUUCAUUCUUGUCUAUCACCACUUUUAAUUAUAAUGUACAGUAAUUUGCCAACAAUAAAUAACUCCAUGAGUAUGUUUAAAAAAAGUAAAAAAAAACUUGGACAUCUUUUAGUUAUUGAUAUAAAAUAUAUUCAUUAUUAUAUUAUUUUUUGCACUUACCAUUACCGUAAUCUGCACACCAUAUUUAGCUUUGCAUAAGGGUUUUUUUACUCGAUAACAACUAAUUUUGAUCAUUUAUUCAUCAUUACCAAUCUUCAUCUAGACCUCCAGAACACCUAAUUCCUCGCAUUAUAUCACUAAUUUUCAUAUAUAUGCUACAGUCACGUAAUUUUAAAAGGUUGUGUUCUGAAGAUAUCACUUUGCCUAGAAGCAAUAUUGCUGGUAAAAGAAAAAUAAAAUAUUUGGGAGUGAAACUGAAGAAAACUUUUUUUUAGUAAUUGUAAUGGA